AUGGACCAAAAAGUUGGUCCAACUGAAAUUUUGAAGAGGGAUACUUUUCUUGGUAACUGGGGUAUGUUGACAGAAGGUUCUCAACUACUCAAGCAAGGAGACUAUUUAUGGUGUGUUGGAUAUUGGCAGGUACUAUUUGUUUGGCUCAGCUUUUUCUCUGCAUUGCAAAGUAAAGUAACCAAUUUAGAUUUGAAGGCACAAGAUUUUGAUAUGGAUGGAACUAUUGGGUUAUUUGAAGAGCUUGACAUUGAUCAGUCUGGUUCAGUAUUUAUGAGGAACUGGAAUGCCAAAUUUGGUGGGCAUUUAUUGAUCAGCUUGAUUGAAGAAUGGUGUGACAACAACAACUUCAAACUUCCUAAAAAAUACAAUUCUUCACAUCAAGAAACCUAUCCUAUAGAUAGCAAAGAGGAAAUUCCAGCUUUGGUUGAAAGCCUAUCAUCUAUUCAUUUAGAAGAGCAGACAAUAGCAAUGGAGAAGAUACAUAUGCUAUCAAAGGAAAUUCAGGAGAAUAGGGUUUUCGUUGCUGAACAUGGAGGAAUACCACCACUAGUGCAACUCUUGUGCUAUCCAGAUUCAAAAAUACAAGAACAUGCAGUGACAACACUUUUGAAUUUAUCAAUUGAUGAGGGUAACAAGAGUCUUAUAUCCACAAAAGGUGUCAUUCCAACUAUCAUAGAAGUUUUGGAGAAUGGUAGUUAUGUGGCUAAGGAGAACUCAGCCGUAGCUUUAUUGAGCUUGUUAAUGCUUGAUGAGAUUAAAGAUAUUGUUGGUCAAUCAAAUGGGUUCCCACCUUUGGUGGAUUUGUUAAGGAAUAGAACAAUUACAAGGAAGAAAGAUGUUGUGACAGCUAUUUUUAACUUAUCUAUCAACCAUGCAACUAAAGUACUGCAUAUUAGAGCUGGCAUUAUCGCACCAUUGCUUCAAUUGCUGAAGGACCCAAACUUGAGAAUGAUAGAUGAGGCUCCCUCCAUUUUGUUACUCCUUAUAUCAAAUUCAGAAGCAAGAGAAGAGAUUGGACAAAUUAGUUUCAUUGAAACCCUUGUUGAGUUCAUGAGAGAAGGGAGUACAUGGGGAGAAUGUAAUCCAGAAAAUUUGAAAAGCAUGAAAGAAAACUCAUGA